CCCCUCGGCACCCCGUCCCCGCCCCCGGCCUGCGCCCCGGCCGCCCGCCCCGCCCGCCGACCCCCCGGGCAGCGCGUCUGUCCCGCCGUCUGUCCGGUGCGAGGAGAGCGGGGCGGAGGCGGCGGAUGUUGUCUGUCCACCACUGCUCACCAAGAUGGCGAACUUCACCCCAGUCAAUGGCAGCUCGGGCAACCAAUCUGUGCGCCUGGUCACCUCGACCCAUAACCGCUACGAGACCGUGGAGAUGGUAUUCAUCGCCACGGUGACAGGCUCGCUGAGCCUGGUGACUGUCGUGGGCAACAUCUUGGUGAUGCUGUCCAUCAAGGUCAACAGGCAGCUGCAGACAGUCAACAACUACUUUCUAUUCAGCCUGGCGUGUGCCGAUCUCAUCAUAGGCGCUUUCUCCAUGAACCUGUACACUGUGUACAUCAUCAAGGGCUACUGGCCGCUGGGCGCCGUGGUCUGUGACCUGUGGCUGGCCCUGGACUAUGUGGUGAGCAAUGCCUCUGUCAUGAACCUCCUCAUUAUCAGCUUUGACCGGUACUUCUGCGUCACCAAGCCCCUCACCUACCCAGCCCGACGCACCACCAAGAUGGCGGGCCUCAUGAUUGCCGCGGCCUGGGUCCUGUCCUUCGUGCUCUGGGCACCUGCCAUCUUGUUCUGGCAGUUCAUGGUGGGCAAGCGGACAGUGCCCGACAACCAGUGCUUCAUCCAGUUCCUGUCCAACCCAGCAGUGACCUUUGGCACAGCCAUCGCUGCCUUCUACCUGCCCGUGGUCAUCAUGACGGUGCUUUACAUCCACAUCUCCCUGGCCAGUCGCAGCCGCGUUCACAAGCACCGGCCUGAAGGCCCCAAGGAGAAGAAGGCCAAGACCUUAGCUUUCCUUAAGAGCCCCCUGAUGAAGCAGAGUGUCAAGAAGCACCCACCAGGGCAAGCCACUCGAGAGGAGCUGCGCAACGGGAAGCUGGAGGAGGCCCCUCCACCAGCCCUGCCACCCCCGCCACGCCCAGUGGCCGAGAAGGACACUUCCAAUGAGUCCAGCUCAGGCAGCGCCACCCAGAACACCAAGGAACGGCCGCCCACAGAGCUGUCGACCACAGAGGCCACCACACCUGCCAUGCCCGCCCCUGCCCUUCAGCCCCGGGCCCUCAACCCGGCCUCUAAAUGGUCCAAGAUCCAGAUUGUGACGAAGCAGACAGGCAAUGAGUGUGUGACAGCCAUUGAGAUCGUGCCCGCCACACCAGCUGGCAUGCGUCCAGCGGCCAACGUGGCCCGCAAGUUUGCCAGCAUUGCCCGCAACCAGGUGCGCAAGAAGCGGCAGAUGGCAGCCCGGGAGCGCAAGGUGACACGAACCAUCUUUGCCAUCCUGCUGGCCUUCAUCCUCACCUGGACGCCCUACAACGUCAUGGUCCUGGUGAACACCUUCUGCCAGAGCUGCAUCCCCGACACGGUGUGGUCCAUUGGCUACUGGCUCUGCUACGUCAACAGCACCAUUAACCCUGCCUGCUACGCCCUGUGCAACGCCACCUUUAAAAAGACCUUCAGGCACCUGCUGCUCUGCCAGUAUCGGAACAUUGGCACUGCCAGGUAGGCAGGCACGGGUGCCACAGGAGGUGUGGUCACGUGCAUGUGCCUUGGUGGACCACAUGGCUCACCUGCUGUGUGGGGCAGAUCCGGGGGCACCCCUCCAUGUUCACGUCUGCCGAAGAGGAGAACCCAAAACCCCACGAGGCUCAAGAGGAGGUUCUGGCUGGAUUCAGAGAGACCAGAUGACUGCUCAGGCCGAGGAGGCCCAGCCCUGGGGAGUGUGUGAACUGGGGGUGCCUGGCCCAUUCCUGCUGCCCUGUCUUAGGGAGCCAGGGGCACGGGCCUGGCUGGGCACCUGCCCCACUGUGACCAACCAUCAGUACAGCUGAAAGAAUGGACAACCGGGGGGAUCAGAAGCACAGGACACUCCCACCCCACCCCUCAAGAGGAGCAGAGGGGCCAGUCCUUGGGAAAGGAGACUCCAGAAGGGGGUGGG